CAGGAGACCUGAUCACGUGGGAUGCCCACGUGAUGACGCUCCGGAACGAGUUGCGAAAGGAAAAAGACUUGCCGCCGUGCGGAGGCGGCAAAAGAAGCGAGCGAGUGCCGUUGCGACAUCUCUGCGUGCUGCAUUUGUGACCGACCACGAUCUGGGCAUUUGUGAAACACUACCUUGAUAUUUCAUUUGCGAACACAGCAGUUUGCGUUGAAAGAUGACGCUGCUCCACAUCUCGGUGUUCUGCGCUCUUAUAGUGGCAUUAGCGUCAGCGGACGACAAGGAUGGACCGUCUGUUCCAGCGUGCCCUCCUGGGCAAGUGUCAGGUCUCAAGGCGAAGUGUUUCAUGGAACUGGAACAAUAUGAAGAGUUCAGGGGGGCUCCCAAAUUGGAGUUGCUGGACAAAAAUGAGCCGACGCACCACAAGUUCGGGUGUUGCAUGGAGAGAACCUUGGCGAAAUGCUACAAAGAGAAAUUCACCGGCGAUUGUGCCGGCCUGGUAGAUGGACUCGUGAGGAAUAACCAGGAGAUUAUGGUGAAGACUUUCGGCGGGCGACGUUGCGAUUACCACUGCCCGAACGGGAGCUACGCUCUGCGACCCACGUGGACCUUGGGUGCAGCCGCGCUCCUUUCUUUCUUUGUUUUCACGAGAAAAGCCUAGAACUUCCAGCUCUAUACCUCGCUUUGCCACUGUUGCCUUGUGCUUGUCAGUUUUCGCCUCUACCACCUCUAAAAGCUAUACGGUUUGCCGUUUGUGACAAACACAUUGAGAAUAUCAUGGGCCAGAUUUACGUCGAUGGGUUGAGAGUAGGGUUGCCACCUUUCGUAGUGAAAAAUACCGGCUGAAGGAGAGGAGGAGGAAUAGAGGGAAAGGAGGAAAGGCUCGCGGAAAAGGGAAAGUGGGUGAGGGGUGGACGAGCACACAGAGAGAGAGAGGGAGAAAGCGUGCUCGCUCAAGAUAACACGAGGAAACAUAUAUUCCUGUUUGUGGCUAUAUCAUUGCUGCUAGAAAUAAUAAAUAAUAAUAAUGAUAAUAAUAAUAAGAAUGAAUAACUAAGAAAACGACUGGUGACUGCGGAGCUGGGUCUGUGUUCCAGAUUUAUUCAAGCUGUAGUGGAAUGUUGAAGGAAAAAUCCCGUAAAAACCCUUAUGAAAGGUCUUGAGCCACAGAUACCGGCAAAAAGCUGCCGGUAUCACCUUCCUACCGGCAACCGGCAGAGCGCCCAAAUAACCGGCCAUGCCGGUAUAAUACCGGCCUGGUGGCAACCCUAGUUGAGAGCCAAAAUCUCAGCUCACCCGGCGGAUUCACUUAGUUGUGUCCUGUCUGUUAUUGUCUGAGAGGCUUCAGCAUUGUUCCGCGUGACGAAUGGUUAUUGGUCGAGUCUGCUGACUAAUCUGUAUGCUCCAGUCUAAUUCAUCCAUUGAAAGCUACCCGUCACUUUCCAGAAAAUGCCUUAUUGGGGUGCAGUCAAACUGACGAAUAACCAAAGUCCCAUGUGUUCCAAAGUGUACCAAGACGAACAAUGUCCGUGCACACGUAGAGGUAGAAAGAAAAAAUAUGUUCCACUCGUCGUGCUACAUUUAAUGUGUUUGAAUACGCCAUGCUAGAGCGUAAUGUGUCCCGUAGAUAGAGCUAUUUCGGCUAUGUAGUGCGUGUCUUGUUUCACUUCGCAGUCUGUAACUGUUAUUUACGUGCUUGCGUUGUCAAGCGACGCAACCCGAUUCCCGGUGGGUCUUCGUGCAGCAACACACAUACGUCGUCCAUAUACACGCUCAAGUGGCUGUGGCAAAACAUGUACAAAAUAUUUAUUGCUAGCAUACUAUUAUUACGGGUAUUAUUAUGACAUUCGAGGGUAAACUGCUAACUCUAACAGCUAUCAAGAACACUCUUAAAAAAAGGGGCGUACAUUAGCUCCUUUUUCUUGCCACAUAUAUGACUCCCUUUUGGAGAGUACAAUUGCUCUCAAAAAGAAGUAUCCUCACUCCCUUUAGGGAGUAGGGUUACAUUCUAACUCCCUACUGGAGAGUAAUAUUACUCUCCGGCAGGGAGUAAGGGAGUAAUGUUACUCCCUUGAGGAAGUGAGGAGACUUUUUUUAGAGUAAUUGUGCUCUUCAAAAGGGAGUGAUAUAUGUGACAAGAAAAAUGAGUUAAUGUGCGCCCCUUUUUUUUAAAGAGUGAAAUGGAGUGAAACUUCAGUUCCAGUGCAAGACUACAUUCGCAGGGGUGUCGGAGGUCCAUCGCCAGUGUGUGUGUGGGGGGGGACUGAAGUUCGUAGGGCUGGCACACUAAAAAAAAAAAAAUUCAUGCACAGAAUGGUACGGCAUGGUAGAAAUAUACAGAUGUCACACGCAAUGCGGAAUGGCUGCGGCUAUGUUAAAUUGAACAUGCAAAUUCUGUAAAAGUCUGCUAUAGUACAAAUGCUGGACACCCUGCCUGAUCUCCGUGCAUAAUGAGGAGGGGGGAGGCCCACUGUUGCCUGAGCCCCUACCCCUACCUUCCGACGCCCCUGCACCGCUGCUAUCAUUUACCCAUAUUGCUUCAAUCACCAGGUGUUCGCGCUACGCAUGCGGACGACAGUUCUGUAGGAUGAGGCCAGUGAAAUAGAAGUAUAGAAGUAUUUCGCUGCAUUCAUAUACUUGAGCUAGUAUAACCGGCGGAAGGGGAUCCGCGAGAGGCCGCUGCUGUGGGGUUGCGAGCGCAACGCUUUUCCAUUGUGAACUUUUCUGUACUGUGACUGCGAGUGAUUAUUGUUCGGCUGGGAAAAACUGUUUUAGUAUUCCCUGCUUGUACACAGUCUUUUUUUCAUUGCGUAUAGGGGUAAAUAGCGCUUACUGUACGCAGUGAUUGGAGGUUUCUGAAAUGUGAUAUCGUUGUGUCACAGUACUUGAAAUAAACCACAGUUUUGUUCCAAA